AUGGCAGGCCCACGAUCACGCAAGAGCCGCGACUCCAUGGGCGACGUCUUUGUCGACGACACAGAAGGGAUCACGCGAUCACCAACAGCCAGCCGACGACCAUCCAACAAGCUCGUCGCCUUCAUCGACCGUCUCAAGCCAUCACGAGCCAGCAGCGGCGGGGCUGCGGCGGUGGCGGAUGGAGAGGAAGAGGGCGAGGAAGAGACGUCGCCUCGAAAGUCGGGCCCAAGUCGACGCAAGUCUACUUCAUCACGCCUACCAAGCGGCAAGCAUACGCCCAGCGAUGCAGAGGGAGAUUACGGUCACUUUCUCAAAGCCGCGGAGCUUAAGGACCGACUGGAGAAGGAGAAGAUCAGAGAGGCAGAAGACGAACUGCGGCUGGCAAAAGCGAAUCGUAAGAGUGGCAAGGUGACAAAGGCAGGAGUCAGAAGCAAGCCAAAGACGCCCGACGAGGUCAUUGAGCCGCGCGAGACGCUCGAGGCAAAGAAGGAGGUACCAGGAGGUUUUGACGAUCUACAGCCGCCCACGCGAUCGCCUGGUCAUAGCAAAAGACAUCACGCGAGGGAGCAGGAUCGUAUUCGCACAUCGCCGCCGUCAGCAUCCAAGCCCAGCUACUUUGGCAUCUGCGGAGUUGACGUUUCCGAUGACGAGGGCGAGGAGGGAGAGGAAGCGGAUGGAGCCAGAAGUCCCACUCUGCUCCACGACGGCUUUGCGACAGAAGCCAACUCCCCCGGAUCACCAUCAGGCACGCACGACACGCCUGUCCUACAGGCUGCCUCAUCAUCAUCCUCCCUCUCUUCCACGGCAUCCAUUCUCGACGAGGAGUUCACGCAGCCUCCUCAGAAGUCGGCGUCCACGCGAUCUUUGAAGAGCUGGCGGUCAACAGAUUCGCCAGGCGAUCAAAGUCUGGCCAGCGGCGGCGCCAACUCGAAGCUGAGUGCUCCUCUACUCGAACUCGAGGAGCUCGAACUCAAGAGCUUCCUCAAGAACUUCAAUCGUCAUACGCGCGAAGUGAGAGUGCCCGCCUCGCUCCAUUUUCCUCGACGCAGGAUGCCGCAGUGGGAAGACUUUCGCGUACCCCCAGACGAGGCUGCCGUUGCCGCGAGGGAGGGCAAGCGCGUUACGGUUCUGACACACGUGGAUCGAGGAUUGCAGGCGUUGGCGCGGCAAGAGGGUCAAGGGGCCCCUCCGCCAAGAGAAGUCGCUCAACCAUCGCCGAAGAAGGAGCGCAAAGGAUUUCUGGGUGGCGGGGAGUCGCAGCCUAUCAGCUCGCAUCCGAACAGCUCGCAGGGACCGCACGUCAAGUGGUCGCCCGAGACUGGAUUCGUGCCGAGAGGUCUCUCUACGGGACUGCCAGACAAGGAUGAGGAGAUGCCACUCUUUGGUGCCCCACUGGGCCGCCGUAGCCUCACCGAGAAGAAUGAGCGUCUCGCCAAGCAGCUUGACAAGCAGAAGCAGGAAGGAAAUGCAGCGCCUUCUCAGCAAGCAUCGGUCGGCGGCAAAGGUUCAGUCGGUGAGCUCAAGGCCGUCGCGGAUCCAGUCGACAAUGUACACGACGCCGAGCACGAGUACCAUGGCGGGCCGAACGAGGUGGGCGCGACAGAUGGAGCGUGGGAGCUCAUCGACCAGUCGGGCGAGAUCGAAGCGACCGUAGACCCCCGCGAGGGUGAGCGCGUUGAUGGCGUUGCGUUCUGCAUCGCCUACAUCUUGGCGCUGGUGGAGCGGUACGCGCCCGAGGAGCUUGACAACACCACGGAUCAGACGUAUCGCGAGGGCAGAGCGAGGAGUCAUCUCGAGAGGCUCUACCUCAUCGCGCCAUUCUGGGAGAGGCUGGGCUUUGGCAUCCGCCGAUUGUAUCGCUGGGACAACCCUCGUCGCACAGCUACGGCUGCGAUGCUCUACUUUGUGCUGUGGUGGACCGAUCUCCUUCCUACGGCCUUUGGACUUUCGAUCAUGUACUAUAUCCUGCAAUUCCGCUUCUUCCCUCCAGAGGCAUCGUACCUACAUGAACAGGUACGCGCACGCAUGGCUCGAGGCGUCGAGGCUGACCGUCUAGCAGAACGGCUGCGACGACGCUCGCGCUUGGACAUCUUGGAGAUCUACAAGCGCUUCGCCGCCAAGUACGGCUUUGCUGUGCAGCUGGCUGCGGGUGACAUUGCAGACUUCCACGAAAAGGUCAAGAAUCUGAUUCUGUGGCGUAACCCCCAAGCUACUUGGCGGACCUUUACGCUGUUUUCGAUUUUGACCGUCGUCGUGACGGUGGUGCCGGCCUACUACAUUUGGAAGCUCUGGUUCUUCUUCUUGGGCUUCUCCUUCUUCUGUCUCUUGCCACUACAGUCACAUUACCCACGCUAUCGUCGCCCUCUCUCCCCCGUCUGGUGGUCACUGUGGGGCUCGCCUACGGAUGCCCAGUUCGCCAUUCAGAUUUUGCGACGACGACAGCUAGAGAAGGCUCAGUCUACGGGCCGCUCAUCGUCCAAGAAGAAGACUCAGCGUCGCAGCGAGGCAGCGCACGCCGUAAAGGGGGGUGCGAUGCGACCGAUCAAUGAGGAAGAGGAUACGCUCUGGGGCUUGGAAGAGGAGGUUGGCGAUAGUCGAGACGGCGAGAAGCAAUUCAAGCCAAAGAAGCUCGGACAAUUCUUCUGCCAGCAUCGUGGUGUGCCCGGCCACCUUACGGUCACGACUCGUCACGUCUACUUUCGCGGCCUCGGCCAGCACAAGAGCUGCAAGACACCACUUGAAGACAUUGCUGGCUUGGCUAAGACCAAGUCGCUCCAGCUCCUGAUCUGGAACUCUCCCGGCCUGCAGAUUGCGCGCACCAACAAGUCGUCGCUCUUCUUCUCCAACGUCUUGCAUCGCGAUGAUCUCUUCAACCUCAUCCUUGCCGUCGGCUCAGAGAUCUGGGCAAAGGUGUAG